CUCAUCGACCGUAUUGACACUACUGCCAUCUAGCUAGUUCUCUCCAUCUCUCUUCGCCUUCAAUAAACGCCAUCCGCACCAGCUCUUUACCCACAACAACGCAUUCCAUACCGGAAAAAAAUGACUUCGCCUUCCUUGCAAUUCGUGCCUCAAUGGCUCAAAAAACCGACGACCCCAGGGUUAGAAUCCCCACUGGCCAACUCUGCCUUUGCUUUCGGAAACGGCCCCGCGUCACCCCGACAUCCUCUUGGCUCGAAUAUGGGGAUCGCUCAAGCGGUCGCUCAGAGCGAAAGGGAUGAAUUCUCUCUUCAUCUCCCUCCGAAUCACCUUAGUAACGGGCAGACCAACGGGAAUCAGGGGAAAGCCGGUCGUAGCAAGGGAACUCGUCCGCAACGCUACUCGAAGGAACAGAUGAUGUCCUUGAUCGAUGCGGAGAAAUCCCGUCACUUGCCGAACGAUUUGGUAGAGUGGACAAUCGAACUCGGGAUCAACGGGGCCGGAAGUGCUUUAGGCCAGCAUGGAGCCAAUCACGAGAACGGAGACGGUGCUGGUCAAGGAGAUGACUUGGACGGGCAGAUCGAGGACGAUCGCAGGUCUUAUCCUCAAAAACGAUACGCCGACCGUGAUCGUCAAGGCCGCGGUACUGCCUCUGGUCUCAAUAGCCCCGACAUCUCUAGGGCGACCGGUCGAGCCCUCGGAUUUGGUCGAGGGGAAGGGGGAGGUGCUUUUGGAGGCGGCGACGGUCAUACCAAGGGCAGCAACCGCUUCGGCAUCCUCGAUGGCGAUUCCACCGACUCGCCUGCCAGGGAGAGGAAGGAGAGGAAUCCGUGGAGGGAUGCCGAGACUGGGUUCAGGGACAGGGACAGGCAGGAGCGUUACGAAAAGGCCGAGAGGGAGAAUGGCGGAAUGAGUGCUGGCGGGAGAUACAUCCCCGUCAAUUCUGCUUACGCUAGCCCGGUCAUCGAAAAGGCUGGAUUGGGCGAGAGGAGAGGUGUCAGGGGGGCUUUGCUCAGGAAGGAUACUGCUGAAGCUGACAAAGACGUAUCCACCCCUUCCCGCAACCUCAACUCGACCUCGUCGGCUUGGCGUCCCAGCGUUCGAAACACCCCUUCCAGCGCUACUGCCGGUUUCGAAGGUGUCCUCGGUAGUUUUGGCAGCCCUGUCAGCACUCCCUCGAGGCAAAAGAGCAUGGGUGAAAGCGGAAUUCUCGACCAGCCGACCGGUCAGACUGCCUGGAAGGAAAGGGAACGGACGACCAGUGCGACCGAUGCAGCCGCGGGUAUCCUCCCCGGAUCUGGAGGCGGACCUGGUUGGGGCAAGACAGGAAGGUGGCGUUCUGCCGCGCAGCAGCAGGAAGAUGAGGAUGCUCUGAAGCGUCCAAACAUCGCUCCUCUGGCCGAUAAAUUGGACGACCCGAAGCCAACCGCCUCCACGGCUGUCAUCCCACCGACUACUCCUGUAGCCGAGAGGGACCAUCAACUCGAAGAGCCCUCGACCGCUGACGGCGAGCAGAACGUGUCGGCCAUCACCGACGGCCAACAGGAAAAUCAGGCUCGUCAACCAGAGUCUAGUAAAAAUGAACCGGAAACCUCGACCAUCGAAUGGUUCUACAGGGAUCCAUUUGGUAACGAACAAGGUCCAUUCGGCGCGACCCAGAUGCAGGAGUGGUUCACUGCCAACUACUUCCAGAACGAUCUCCCGCUACGUCGGUCUUUCGAAACGGCGUUCCGUACCUUACAGGUUCUCAAGGAAGAAACUCAGAGCGACGCGCAGCCAUUCUUGACCCGGCCCGCUCCCAAGUUGCCACCCAACCUCCCUAUCCCUGCUCUGGCUUCCACUCAGCCUUCGCCGACGCCCAUCAAUAACAGCAUUCCGAACGAGCCCACUCGACUCGCUCCGCAAAACGACACGCUUCGUCAGAUGUUGGCCGAGCUUCAACAAAAUCAAGGGUCCUCGGACGCUAGGACACUGCAGACACCGUUGCGCAACGGCGUUCUGGGAGCCACUUCUCCCGGCAUCAGCGUCAGUCGUCCGAUCGCCGAGUCCUUUGCACACAGCGCCAGCUAUGCAUCAUCCCCGGUCUCCCAACAUGCCGGUCCAAUCCGAUCGGUCUGGGAUAGUGCUCCUUCUCCUGCUAUCGGGCGACCCUCGAUUCCUACCAGUCCUUUCGCUCCGGAAGUCAUUGCCGGCGUCCAGCACAUGGGGGGUUUCCCUCAGCCUCAAUUUACGCAGCAAAGGUCGAUCUUUGAUGCGCAGCACGCUCAACCGCAAUCGCCAUAUGCGCCAUCCCCUUGGGGCGUUCAGAUGCCUCCGCAGCAGAUGCCUCUUCACAUGCAGCAGCCCGCGUAUCCUUCGAGUCCGUUCGGACAAAUCCCACAACAGCCCUUCGGACAAUUCCCCACCCAGCCCAUGGCUCAGCCUUGGCAAAACGCACAAUUCGCUCAACCUCAGAACAUGGGUUCUCCCGCUCCCAUGAGCGCUCAAGCCGUGCCACAAUUUAUGGCUCAGGAUGCGCCGGCGGCUCCGGAGGAGCCCAUCAGUUCGGUCCAGCAAACUUUCUCCCCUUCGCCCGUUCCAGCUCAACUUGGCGCCGAUCUGGUCAAGUCGCCUGUCCAGCCUAACAAGACCCCUGAGCAGCCUGUUGCACCUGUCGAGGAAGCGCAGAAGCCUGCUGCAUGGGCUGAGAUCGCUCCUGUAGCCGCUGAACCGAUCGCUCCCAAGCAGCAACCGAAGCCGGAGCAGAUUCAAUCGACAUUGCCAUCCGCAGCCCCUAUCCCUUCGAUUGCGCCUGCGACCAAGACCCCCGCCAGCGAGGCCAAAAAGGAAAGCAAACCAGUCGAGGCUGCCUCGGAGCCAGUUGUCCAGGUGGAAUCCCGUGCAUCGACUCCCCCCGUCGCUGCUCCGAGCGUGGCUCCGUGGGCUGCCGAGGACAAGGCCAAGUCUACCAAGUCAAUGUCGCUCAAGGAGAUUCAGGAUGCUGAAGCUCGUGUCGCCGAGAAGAAGAGAUUGGCUGAGGCCAAGGCCAAAGCUGCCCUUGCUGCUUCUCAACCGGUCGCGGAGAGUUCCGAGCCGCUUCAGCAGAUGAGUUUCGGUCUGGCUUCCAGACCCGCUCUCAACACGGCGUCGAGUGCAUCUUCCAACACAUCUGUGCCUGUCUGGGGAGCCGCACCUGUCGUUGGGUCCAAGAAGCAGAUGCCUAAGAGGACGUUACAGCAGAUUCAAGACGAAGAGCGCGCCAAAAAGUUGGCACAGGUCAAGGCCGCUGCUGCUGCUGGAUUCGCCGAGUCUGCCCAGGCCGCCUCGACCAAGCGGGGAUAUGCUGAUCUGGCUGCUACCAGUCCUUCGCCUGCUGCCGCUGGAGGCUGGGCAACUGUGGGCGCUGGCGGUAAGGCAGUUGCUCCCGCUGCUCCGGCAUCGGCCCUCGCCGCUGCCAAACCCAAGCCCGUCGCAGUCGCGAGUAUGGUCACUGGCGCCAUUUCCAACAAGCCUAGUGUUGUCAAGCCCAAGUCCCAGACGUUGAACGAAACCAGCCCCUCGAUCGAAUUUGUGAGGUGGACCAAGGAGCAGCUCAAGGGUCUUACUGGUGCGAACGAUGCUAUUGACUUUCCCCGUCGAGCCGCCUCACAAGGACGAGAUGCUUGAGAUCAUUGCGGAAUCCGUCUAUGCCAACUCGUCGACUUUGGAUGGUAAACGUUUCGCCAACAACUUUUACAUGCGCCGCAAGGAGGACGCUAUCGAUCGGGUCGCGUCGAAUGGGAAGUCAACGG